AUGUCUGGAUUUGUGGCUCGGACUGGUCGUCUUCAGCAGCGUUAUGAAGGUGGCUUUCGCCUCAUCGCUGGAAUGAGUAAAAACAUGAGUUUGCGGUUUGUUCUAUCUUCAAGUAAAUUAAUGAAGAAUCAGACUUGGAUUACAAACGGUGGGUGGGAAACUGAUGAAACGGCUGAGCAGGCAGCAGCUCGGGAAUCAAUAGAAGAGGCUGGAGUUCGAGGGGAUUUGGUGCAUUUCCUGGGAUUCUAUGCUUUCAGGAGCAAAAAGCUCAAGGACGAGUUUAGUCCAGAAGGCUUGUGUAAAGCUGCCAUGUAUGCUUUGCUCGUGAAAGAGGAACUCGAGUCCUGGCCUGAAAAGAGCCUUCGACAGAGAAGUUGGCUGAAAAUUCCUGAAGCUAUUCAAUUCUGCAAGCACUCGUGGAUGCGAGAAGCUCUUGAAGAAGGUUUUUCAAAAUGGUACAUAAAGCACAACCCUAAUUCCACGAUCGAAUAGUAUACAGAAGUUUUGUUACGCUGGCCAGCCCAAUCUCAAGCCAAUCUUGAUUCCUUUUUAGUUCUAGUUUUUGUAUUUCUUUACGGGAACUUGGAAGAGAAGAUGCACAUUGUUCGAUUGAUUAGAUUUUGGACAUUUUCCAGUAAAUUGUUUGGUCAUUAGCUUUUAUUCCUCCUUGCAAAAGCACCCAUAGAAAAAAGAGUUGUAAAGGAUGAAAUGAUCCUUAUCAUUUUAACAAUGAUUUUUGUUAUGGACUCUCCUUAUUCUAAUUGUAAUACCAUUGUCAUUAGAAGGUGCUCUUUUAGGUUGAA